AGGUCUAGUUCCCCGUCAAAAGUCAACUGCGAGAUGCAUGGAUUAACUACUGCAGCGUUAUGGUACCUGUCUGUAGCGAAGUCAAAGUUCGCAAACGUCUGCUUUUUUAUGUUGAUAAAAUUAAACAAGGUUUUUAUUGAUGAUAGGCCUAAUUUGAAAUGGUUAAGUAAGGCAUUCAUUAGUGAGCAACUCCCACACUAGUGUGAACAGCUACAAGUGAGUUAUGGAUAAACCACCACCAACCAAGCCGCUGUGCACCUCUACACUGAAACGACCCCACGAGGACAAUGUCGAGGUUCAGCUGGAAGGGCCUAGGGUCAAAAGGUCAAAGGUGAAGGGUCAAAACAUCACAUUGGGAUCCAGGUCGAUGAUUGAGAAUUCUUCAAGCUCAACUUGGAACGCAAAUUUUGGAAGAGGUCAGGUGAAGCUUGCUGUAUACUGGAGUCAAACACACCUCUUGGUUCACAUUUUUGGUGCACGACAACUCUAUUUGAAGAACGACAAAGAUUGCAACUCAUACAUUCAGAUUUCAGUUCUUUCAUCUGAUGGCAUCGAAUCCUUUGUUCAAAGGACAAAAAUGAUACCCAGUGACAGGCAGCCAGCGUUUAAUGAGACAUUGACAUUUCACAGAGAUGUGUUUCACUCCACCAACUCAAGGCUCCUGAUCGUUGCAUGCAAUCAGACAUCAACAAGGAUUGAAAGCAUUGGCAGUAUGUCGUUUGGAAUUGUCCGGCUCCUGAAUGGAAACAAGGAGGUGAAUGGCUGGUACCACCUGCUUGACAAGAAACGAGGACGGGAGAAGCACCUUGCGGUCAAGAUCAACCCAAUCACAAACGAGCAUUUGAAUACGACAGGCACCGUGGACCAAUCAGACGACAGCAUGAACAGGGCCAACAGUAUACUGCCCUGGAUUUCCUUGCACUAUUUUGAUAUUGAAAAGGACAGCCAGGGGAAAUAUGGCUUCACAAUUCUGGACACUGUACCAGUGAAAGUCGGAACUGUCCACAAAGGAAGCGUGGCUGAGACGUUAGGGCUGCAAUCGGAUGACGCUUUCUUAGAGGUCGGAGGUCAUAGUGUUGCUGGAGUCCGUAGUAUCGUCAUUAUCGAUUUACUGAAGAAAGCCAACGGCCCCUUGUGCGUGUUAUUACAACGUAAGAACACCGUUCCUUUCCUGCGCAGUCCGUUAGUCAAGAAGUCCCUCAACCGACCUACCCAGGUCAAGCCGCAGGUGGCCGUGCAGAGUCCUAAGCCCAAACGGAAGGCAGCCAAGGUCUUGUCUCCUCGCAUUGAAGCCUUCCUUAGCAGGUCCAAACCGAUUGUCGACAGGAGACUCCAGAGGGAGCUGUUCGCCAAGGUAGCCUUGCGCAAUGCCCGGCAGAACCAGCACAAAUGCCUGCAGACAAGCAGUAGUUGCAGCUCCACCUACUCCAGCGCAUCCACAGCGACCUUGGAAUCCCGAAGGGGCUCUGGCAUAAGAAAGCACGACAGUCUAAAACGCCACAGUCUGGACUGGCGACGUCUCAACCGUUGCUGUCGAGACAGGCCCGCCUCGGACCUGACGAACGACACCUCACAGCGGGCGUCCGCAGUCGAUUCAGACAUCGGAAUCAUGACGAUUCACGACGAUGACGAUACGACUGGGGAUCGCAACAGCACCUCAUCGUGGGAAUCGGACGUGAUGGCGACUAUCCCCGUUGAUGACUUGAGCAUCCUGGAGAGUGUCCUGGAUAAGCCUCAAGACAGCCAAGAACCAGACGACACCCUUCUAAUCGACUUGAAUUUCCCUCCAACAUUUCCACCUGCUGAUCACGACAUCCUAGGAGCAUCAACAGCAUCAGCAGCAGCAUCGUCAGCAGCAGCAGCAGCAGCAACAUCAAAGGAAGAGAACAAGAGAAAGAGGAAACACAGGUUCUUUACAAGAGAAAGCAGAGCUGGCAACUCGAGGAAACAUUCGGGACGAUCUGGAAGAAGCGGAUUGGCCAUGGAAAUCCCGCUCCACAACGACAAGCAGCAUAUCGUCUGGUCCAGAAGAGUAACGCCCAUUCCUCUAGGACCACCUUGGAGGCAGCUCGUGCAUAAAGGCCGAGUCUUUGUCCAGAGCAAGACUAAGAAAUUGAGAGAGAUGCUGCUGCUCCUGUACACUGAUGUACUCCUGUUCACAAAGCCCCUGGACGAAAUGCACAUCAAAGUUGUCUGCUGCCCUCUAGUGAUAAACGAAAUCAGCGUUCUGGACUUCAACUGCCAAGUGGCUCGAGAGUUCCACAUCACGUUAGUCACCGACACGCAACCUUAUCCUCUUGCCAGCCACGGGGGGACCAUCUGCCUCCGAGCACCCACGACCAAACUCAAGUCGGCCUGGCACCGACUUCUCCAGCAGAGGAUCAUGGCCGUCAAGUGCACAGGUCAAGAUGCGGUAAGUUGGAUUUCCCUGUUUUCUUGUUAAGCUAGUGAUUGAUUGCCAUUUAUGGAAUAUAAAUAGAUACCUUAGAGAGUUGAUAGCUUCUGAUUGGUCGAGACUCGAUCACGGGGUGUAUUGACAUGUGAUGUAAAGACCGGCUUCAAGAACAAGCGAAUAAAUGGCCCCUGAACCAGCGUUGAUCCAGCAUCAUGUAAGCCAAUGAUUGGCCAGAUAUACAACAGGCCUGCGGUACCUUGUAACAAUACAGCCAACCACCAUCGUGUGAAGACUUACGCGUGCGUAUAUGCUGGGAGUGCAUACGCGUGCAUAAAAGUCCUCACAUUGACGCGACAUGUUCGUACUGAUGAUGUUUACGACGAAAGAGACCAGCGAUUUUAAUUUCUGUAAACACGCCGCCCACGGACAUAUUCUUCUUCUAAACUGAGCAUCUUUG